UGGGGGCCUCCAUGCCGUGUAUAACACGCACGCGCAUGUCCAUCCUGUGUUGGUCCUGUGACUUCAGAAAGGGACUGCGUAAUGCCUGGGCGCUGGUAGUGUUCGAGGGUUGGGUUUAUCGUCCUUCUGGUGAAGAAGCUAUACUGCUAUACACGCAAGUGAAACGGUGGAGACCCACAUCGAAUAAGAAGGAUUGAUCCGGACUGGAGCAACAGUAGUAGCCUACAGCUAGUAGAGCCGAUUAGUUACAUAACAAAAAUUUCGUUAAUUUCUUCUUCUCCUUUCCUUGUUGGUCGGAAGAGAGGGCAAGGAACGUGAUCAGUGUUUCAUUCAGUUCGAUUAUUAAAACAGACCCGCAAAUUAAACCCAUCGUGCGCCGAGAUUCAAUCAAAUCUUUUUUAUUUUGACAUAUGAAGCAAUCAUAUGGUGGAUUUGCAUAAGAAAAGAAAACAACAUCAAAUCAGCACCCUGUCACAAUAACGCGGACUGUUGUACGAGAAUCAGCAAAUUCUUUGACGUCGUGUCAAACAUGAUACGAACGUAGUUGCUGCUUGAAAAUCUAUCCGAAAGCGCGCCUUAUUCAGUUUCUAUGCAACUCUGAUGCCUGAUGACCGUUAUUUGGCUGCUGUAUGUCUGAUGUGAUUGUGCCGCAACAGGACAUGAUGAUGGACCCGCAGAGCGGCCUCAAGAUCAAGCAGGAGAUCAUCACCACUCCGACGCCAUCGCCAUCUCAGCAACAUCACCUCAUUACCAAUUACCAACAACACGUCAGCAAUCAACAGCAGCAGUACUUUCUGCAGCAAUCAGCGAUCGAGAGCCAUCAUCACAAGAACCACCUCCCGUCGUACUCGAGCGUUCACCACCCGCAUCAGCAGCACGGCGAUCAGUUAUUGAUGAAACGAUCGGUUGUCGAUCAUCACAAGGAACAAUCUUCUUCGUCGUCGUCGACCCUCCAACAGCAACAACAGCAGCACCCGUCGUCCGUGACGAAGGCCGAGACCGAUCAGCAAUUGUCGCCGGCCCAGCAUCAUCACCACCACCAACAACAACAGUCGGAUUACAAUCCAAACAUCAAGCCGCCCUAUUCCUACGUGGCUUUGAUUGCCAUGGCCAUCAAGGAGAGCCGUGAAAAGCGACUGACGCUCUCAGAAAUUUACAAUUACAUAACCAAGAAAUUCCCGUACUAUGAGAAAAACAAAAAAGGAUGGCAGAACAGCAUUCGUCACAAUCUGAGCCUGAACGAAUGUUUCGUCAAAAUCCCCCGCGAAGGCAAUGCGACGGGCGAUCGUAAAGGAAACUACUGGACUCUAGAUCCUCAGUACGAAGACAUGUUUGAGAAUGGAAAUUACAAGCGGAGGCGUCGAAUGAAGCGACCUUAUUCGAUGAGUAAUCGAGCGGCGGCCGCCGCUGCCGCCGCCGCCGCCAAUACGGCCGCUGCCCUCAACAAGUCUCUUUUCAAUUCGGACGCACUUAGUGGGCACAUUGGCCGGACCUUUUUCGCCCCACCCACUUAUUCUCCGGCCGCUUGUUGGACCGGAGCCCAUCAUCAAACCUCUUCUCUGACCUAUACUUCCGCCCAUCACAGCAAUUUCAAUGCACUUCAAACACCCUUUAGGAAAACUUCACUCCCAGCUCAGAUGCAGCCGUCACUCCACCAGCCUCAUUUCCCCUAUCAGUCGAUGGCCAGUUACCCGACCAUGUCUCACAGUAAUUUACUCAAUGGUCAUCACCUUGCAGGGAACUCGAAUUACGGUGCCGGCUCAAGUCCGGCUCUUUCGUACGCCAAUGGAUGCAGCAGCAAUCGACAUCAUCAGCAACAACAACAGCAAGCGGUCAGUAGCAGUGCCAGCGGUGUUGAAACUAGCGAGGCCGUGAUGAGCCGUGAGUCGUCGAUAACCGCCGUCGGCACGUCAGCCGCCGCCGCCGCCGCAUCUUCUUCGGCUGAUUUGCCGGGCAGUUUCCCCGUCGCCAACUCGUCGUCAUCGUCAUCGUCAUCCUCGUACCAUUACCAUUCGUCGUGGAAUGAUGCCAAAAUUUGAAUAUAUUUUAUGCUGUAGUUUGUUAUACACGUACAUACGUACUUCAUCAACCACCACCAACCGAAAGAAACAAACCGGAGCGAGAGAUUCAAACCAACCGCAAAAAUACACGUAAGGACAAUUUUGAAAAGAAAAGAAGAAGAUAUAGGCCACGAAAAAAAAAGAGAAGAAGAAAUUCAAUCUAAUUGUUUAAUUUGGUGUUUUUUAUUUGGUUUGUUUGUUGUUUGUUUCUCGAAUUUCAAACACACAUUAAACAAAAAAACAAUUAUGUAUACGAAUACCUCGUUCUGUCUUGUUGGGAAUCUCACUAUAUUACACAUUCAUCGUGCACGGAAAA